AUGGGAAAGCCAGAGGCAAAGAAAGAGGAAAAGAAGCCGGAUGAAAAGAAACCAGAAGAAGCCAAAGCCGAGAAUAAGGAUGGAGGUUGGUCAAGUUGUCUGAUUAUCGCUUACUCCCUUAGGUCCUCUCCCGAACAAGCCUGGAGAACCCGAAUUCAAGCUGAAGAUCGAACCAGAGGGUCCUGUCAUCUUCAAAAGCGAUAAGAUUCUGUCUGAAGCUGUUCAUUACGAAUGGACCCUUACCAACAAUACUGGUAAGAGACAGGCUUUCAAGGUAAGGAACAGGAUUUUCAAAGCGUUACGUCUAUUUUGACACUUUAAAUUUGCUUUGCCUUGCCAAUAGCCUUGUUAAAAAAGGCCUUGUUUUAGGUGAAGUGCACCUCGAAUGAAGUGUUCCGAGUCCGUCCUCCCCUCGGAUUCAUCGAAGACAAGGAGUCCGUCAAGGUCAGACUGACCAGUGUUGUCAAGGAGAUCGCCGCAGCUAAUCGUCACUUCUUCGCUCUUUAUCAUAUGGCCUGUGAAGAUAAGAGUAAACCUCCAAGAGCAGUUUGGACUUCAAAUGUGAAGCCUGAUGGAGUGAAAAGACUGCUCUGUCUCUUCCAAAAAUCCGAUGGAUCUGAUUGGAAAGUGGGAGAGAAGGGCCCUGGAGGCACGAUCCCUCAAUCCUUGAUGCAACAGCCUGGAGGUGAGACAAUAUUUUAUUUAGGAGUAGUUGAUAUCAAGUACAAUAUAAGUUCCAGGGAAGGAAAAGUCAAAAGAAGACAAGAAAAAGAAGGAAGAAGAAAAAGCGGAAAAGAAAGAAGAAGAAAAGAAGGAGAAGGACAUGGACAAUGAAGAAAAGAAGGAAGAGAAAGAUAAGAAGAAAGAUGAGAAAGUGGAAGAGAAAGAGGACAAGAAGGAAGAGAAAAAAGAAGAGAAGAAAGAAGAAAAGGACGAAAAGAAGGAAGAAAAGAAGCCGGCCAAGAAGUAG